AUGGUACGCACCUCCACUCGCCGUCGCCCUUGGGCAGCGGCAGCGGCAGUCAUAUCCAACACCACAACGGGACAAAACACGACCACAACAUCCUUCCUGCUAGCCAACCUCCAUUGUCCAACUUGCGUAUCAACGAUCAAGGACGCUCUCUUGCACGACUCCGGCAACGAGAAUCUGAUCAAGUGGGUUUCACCAAACGUGGUGACCUCGGUGGUGACGGUCGAGCACACACCCGCAGCGUCUGUCCGACGCAUGCGCGACGCCCUCGAGGAGAGCGGAUUCGAGAUAUGCGGUAUCACGAACUCGGCGGGCGACGUUUCUGACUUAGAUCUAGACCUGGAAGCAGCGGGAGGAAGUCAGCAGCAACAAGGGGAAAGCAGCAACAGCGACAGCAGCGGACACUGUAACAACAACACCAACGACACGGAUAUCAACGGCACCAACAUGGACCGACCAACGUCGGCACUUAGCAGGUGGUUCAGGCCACUUGGCCGGCAGUCCUCGCACCAAUCCCAAAAGAACCGGGCCCACUUGGCCAACUGUGAACAAUGCCGCAACAACAAUGCGGUGGGAAUGAUCGAAACAGACGAAAAGCGGGCGGCCGGGACUAUGUCCCACCAUGACACUUUGCCUUUGAGCAAGCCAACCAGCCCGCUCGUAAGCUCGGGCCCUGUCUCGCAUGCUGGCAUUCGCACUGGCACUGGCACGAGCACGGCAAUGGACGCCAGCAAACAAGGCUCCUUCGUCGCGAUCGAAAGUGACACGGACGUGCCUCAGCUAUGGCGUGUGUCGUUGGCCGUCGGGGGCAUGACGUGUUCCGCCUGCGCCAACAUGAUCACCGAGGGUUUGAAGAAGCACAGCUGGGUGGCUAACGUGGUGGUGAACCUGGUUGGGAAUAGCGCGGUGGUGGACGUGAAGGAGAAGGAGAAGGCCGAUGAGGUGGUCGAGGCCGUCGAGGAUCUCGGGUAUGAGGCCACGCUGGACUCGGUGACCGAGCUCAGCCAGGGCAAGCAGCAACGCAAAGGCAAAGCCGGUGGUGUUGUGACAACAACAGACCCAGCUACAUCCGACCUCUGGAGAGCCACCGUAGCCAUCGGCGGCAUGACUUGUGCAGCGUGCUCCAACAACAUCACACGCGAGUUGAAGAAGAAAGACUGGGUGCGGGAUAUCGCGGUCAACCUGCUCACCAACAGCGCGGCGAUCGACGUGCAGGGCCGGGCCAACGCGGACAAGCUAGUCGAUGAGAUUGAGGAUCUCGGCUACGACGCGGCACUAGACGCCGUCGUCAGCCUUGCGCAGGAAACAGACAACGGAGAAGAGGAAGAGCCCGAGCGCACCGUCGAAAUCCGUAUCGAGGGUCUGUACUGCGAGCACUGCCCGGAGCGGGUUACCAGCAGUCUCGCGGGGUUUCGUAGUGACAACAGCAACGGCCGACGACGACAACUGGAGGUGCUGACGCCGCCGACUCGCCAGCGGCCGAUCCUCAAGCUUACAUACACACCAAACGCGCCGGGCUUCACCAUCCGCACGAUCCUCGCAGCCAUCGAGGCCAGCGACCCCGGGUUCACGGCAUCGGUGUACCACCCGCCGACGCUCGAAGAACGCUCCAAGCAGAUCCAGCGCCAGCACCGCCGGCAGAUCUUGUUCCGCACCAUCUUCACCGGCAUCGUGUGCAUCCCGUCGUUCGUGAUAGGUAUUGUCUACAUGUCGCUGGUGCCCCACACGCCGGACGGAGCCAAGCACUUUUUGAUGAAAAGCUGGGUGUCGGGCAUCAGCCGGGCACAGAUCGCGCUGUUCAUCAUGGCCACGCCCGUGUACUUCUUCGCGGCCGACCUGUUCCACCGACGCGCCAUCAAGGAAAUCCGCACGCUGUGGCGUCGUGGCAGUCGCGUGCCCCUGUUGCAGCGAUUCUAUCGGUUCGGCAGCAUGAACACGCUCAUGUCGCUGGGGACGACAAUCGCGUUCAUCAGCUCGGUCAGCCAGAUGAUUGCUGCGGCGGUGUAUCAACCCGCCGAAGUUAACGACAGCAACUUUUAUUUCGACUCGGUCGUGUUCCUGACUUUCUUCCUGCUGCUCGGCCGACUGAUCGAGAGUUACAGCAAGAGCAAAACCGGCGACGCCGUCGAGAUGCUCGGCAAGCUGCGGCCGACGACCGCGGUGCUGGUCGAAGGGUACGGGACCGAAAAAGAAGCGGAUGUCGUCGUCAAGGCCGACCUGCUCGACUUCGGCGAUGUCGUCCGCGUCACGCACGGCGCAUCUCCGCCAGCCGACGGCGUCGUGGUCCGCGGGCAGAGCAAUUUUGACGAGUCCAGCCUGACGGGCGAGUCCCGGCUGGUGGCCAAGGCGGUCGGCGACGGGGUAUUCGCGGGCACAGUCAACAAGGACGCGUCGCUGCUGGUGCGUAUCACAGGCGUGGCCGGGUCGUCCAUGCUCGACCAGAUUGUGCAUGUCGUGCGCGAGGGGCAGACCAAGCGCGCGCCUAUCGAGCAGGUCGCUGAUUUGUUGACGUCGUAUUUCGUCCCUGUCGUCACUUUUAUCGCUGUGUUUACGUGGAUCAUCUGGCUCUCGCUUGGCCUUGGUGGGCAUAUUCCGGACCAUUACCUGGAUGUCACCUCGGGCGGGUGGGUCGCCUUCUCGCUGCAGUUUGCCAUUUCCGUGUUUGUCGUCGCCUGCCCGUGUGGUUUGGCGUUGGCGGCUCCCACGGCGAUUUUUGUUGGGAGUGGGCUGGCGGCGAAGCAUGGGAUCUUAGCCAAGGGCGGAGGCGAGGCGUUUGAGAAGGCCAGUCGGAUUGAUUGUGUUGUUUUUGACAAGACGGGCACGUUGACGGUGGGCGGGGAGCCGAAGAUCACGGACUCGGAGGUGUAUCCGGAGGAGGAAGGGGAGAAGGAGGCCGUGUUGGCGACAUUGAAGGCUGUUGAGGAGAACAGCAGUCAUCCGAUUGCUAAGGCGAUUGUGGCGUUUUGUGCGGAGCAUACCUCGGCGCGGGUGGAUAUCGAUGGGUUGCAAGAGGUUCCCGGGAAGGGCAUGAAGGCAACCUAUCGGGGCACCUCGGGACAGGAGGAGGGUAGUACUCGUGCGUUCGAACUCGCGGUGGGCAAUGAAGCGUUCAUGGCCGAUUUCGCCGUCACCAUCCCAAACACAACGACCGCCACGCUCCAACGCUGGAAGUCCGAAGCCAAGUCUGUCGCUCUGGUCGCUACCCGGGCUAUCACCCCCACCACAGAGCCAGAGUCAGACAACACAAACAACUGGACCCUCGCGGCCGCGCUCUCCAUCUCCGAUCCCAUCCGCCCCGAAGCCCCGCGCAUCAUCGCCGCCCUCCAAGGCCGCGGUACCCGCGUCUGGAUGCUCUCAGGCGACAACCCGACCACCGCCGCAGCCGUAGCCGCCCAGCUCGGCAUCCCCCCGGACCAAGUCAUCGCCGGCGUCCUGCCCACCGGCAAAGCCGACAAGAUCAAGUACCUCCAAUCCACCCUCCGUGCCGGCUCCUCUUCGGACUCCAACCCCUCGGAGAAAACCCAACGCGCCAUGGUAGCCAUGAUCGGCGACGGCAUCAACGAUUCCCCGGCCCUCGCCACAGCCGACGUCGGCGUAGCCAUCGGGUCCGGCGCCGACGUAGCCAUCAGCAGCGCCGACUUUGUCCUCGUCAAAUCUGACCUGCGAGCCGUCGUCGACCUGCUGGAUUUGUCGAGGGUCGUGUUCCGGAGGAUUAAAUUCAAUUUUGGCUGGGCGGUGGUGUAUAAUUGUGUGGCGCUGCCGGUGGCGGCGGGGGCGUUUUAUCCGAUUAUGAGCAAGGGCCAGCAUGUUAGGUUGGAUCCGGUUUGGGCGAGUUUGGCGAUGGCGUUGAGUAGUAUUAGUGUGGUGUUGAGUUCGUUGAUGUUGAGGGUUGGGGUGAGGGGGGUCGGGUUCCGGGAGAGGAGGAUUGAGUGA